GUCCUAGCUGCCCACUUACCGCACCCGAAGUUGGCGCGGUUCGACCCUUCAUGAACCCAAGGAACGAGCCAAUCACACUCAACCAAGCAGAUGUUGACGCAAAAGCGAUCGCUCGCCAGCCGAGCUGCGAGCAGAAUCCCAUGGCCACCGAGUCGACGGCGCUCUUGGCGCCGCAUGCGAUCGCGUACCGCCCCGACAUUGACGGCCUCCGGUGCGUGGCCGUGCUGCCCGUCGUGCUCUAUCACGCGUACCCGACGCUCCUGCCAGGUGGCUUUACAGGCGUCGACGUCUUCUUUGUCAUUUCCGGCUUUCUCAUCUCGAGCAUUCUCUUCAAAGACUUUGCGAGCGGCAAAUUCAGCUACGAAACGUUCUACGUCCGCCGCGUCCGCCGCAUCUUUCCAAGCUUGCUCCUCGUCAUGGCCGUCGUGCUGAGCCUAAGCGUCGCCUGGUACCUCGCGCCGGCGCUCCGCGACAUGGCCGAGACGCUGUACGCCGGCGCGAUCUUUGGCGCCAACAUCCAAGUGCUCUCGCGGAACCAAGGCUACUUUGACGCAAGUACCAAGGAAAAUCCGCUCUUGCAUCUCUGGUCGCUCGGCGUCGAAGAGCAGUUUUAUAUGGUCUGGCCAAUCGUCGCGGCGUCGAUUGUGGCGCUGCCACGUACGUCUGCGCUCGCACUGCAGAUCGUAUUGGUCGUCGGCAGCUUCCUUUUGAACGUCGGCCUCUUGCACGCCGAGCACCCGUGGUCGUUCUACUUUCCGCUCUGCCGGUUUUGGCAAAUGGCCACCGGCGGUCUCGUCGCGUUCGUUCAGCGCCAGAAAGGUUUCGAAACAAGGUCUCCUGACAUGCUCUCUGUCCUUGGCGCAGGGUUGCUGCUCGUCGGCUACGCGUUUCUAAACGAAGCAAGUCCCUUCCCGGGGGUCUAUGCUCUCUUGCCGACGCUUGGCGCGGCCUGUCUCAUCGUCGCCGGCCCGUUGGCGCUCGUCAAUGCGCAAAUCCUCCAUCAAGCGCCGAUUAUCUUUGUCGGCAAGAUCAGCUACGCCUUAUACCUCUGGCACUGGCCGCUCCUCGUCUUUGCCAAAGCCCGCUACUCGGACGAUGCGUACCGUCCGUUCUACAUGCAGCCGCAUGUUCUACUGUUGCUUGCGUUUGGUCUGAGCGUCGCGACCACGUUCGGCAUCGAGAACGUCGUGCGCCGGCACCCAUCACCUCGCAUUGUACCGCUGCUCGCACUCGGUAUGGUUCUCAUGGCUGUCCUCGGGCUUGUCGUGUCCUUGUACCCAGCCUUCUUUUCGGGCCCAGCCCGCCUCGCUGCGACAGCACCGGUUGCCACAGCGACGUCCUUCGUCACAUUGGACGACGACGGGCAGCCCAACAUUAGUCGCAUGCCACGGCGUGAGCCCCCGACGGUCGCCAAGCUCCUCGCUGCUGACAGCGACUGGGCCCCCAAUGACGGCUAUAUCCCGCUAUCGCCAGGAUCGCCGUUUGGACCGUAUGACUAUGGCUGGGUGCUCAACCCAGGCGAUGACGACAACCUCGUCAUGGUUCUCGGGGACUCGCACGCCGAGAUGCUUCGUCCGCGCUUCAAGUUUCUUUACGACCAAGCGCGGCGCGUGGGAAAGCCGUUUCCGACGGUGGUGUUUUUGGCGCUGGGUGGCCACCCGCCGCUGGACUGCGUCGGCGACCACGCUGGUCAUGUGGCGAUCGUGACCCGUCUCCGGCCCAAGGCACUGCUCUACUCGAGCGACUGGCCGCAGUUCUUUCGACCAACUGGCGAGGCGCCGCACGACGUGCCACGUUGCUGCGCCGCGGGAUAUCGAGACGACUGCGCCUACCAGAGCUGGGGCGACGUAAGGACGCUGCUCCGAGCCUUUCAAGACGAAAUGACCCGCUUCCAGGACCUGGGCACCCACGUAUUUGCGUCCAGCUUGAACCCCGAAGGCCGUCGCUUCCACUACCGCAACAUGCUCCAGGGCGGUGACGUCCGAGCGAUCGCCCCCGUCCGGCUCUCGGCGUACCGCCACCAGCAUUCCCGACUGGUGUCGCUCCUCGAAGGCGCGAUUCGUGGCGCAAACGCGACGAUCGUCGACUAUGCACGCAAUCAGUGCUACAACGACGUGUGCGAAGUUGUGUCGACGGCCCGCGGCGAGCCGAUUCUCAAGGACAACGACCACUACCGACCGUACUACGCCAAGUACUACCUCAGCGUGCUGGAUCAAGUCGUCGAUGCAGUCUACAACUAGAAUCGAAUUGCUAGUUGUCAUUCCUUCCACGGCGACUGCGACUUUUCGUCCGAGUCUCUAUUGUGCGAUGUCUUUCCCGCUUGCAAGCAGAGUACAUGCGUUGACAAGACAGUUUGUCCAGUUUGAACGACAAGGGC